UAUAUUCGAAUAAUUGCUUCAACAUUACAUUCUACCCUUUCAGUACUCAUAUGAUGCAAGUGGAUGCUGGGGCUCCUUGGUUGCAUCUAUGCUGCAAAGGUAUAGCCACAAACAUCAUUAUUUGUGAUUUUGAAUAUCCUGUUACUGAUGGAAGUCACUUGAAUGGAUCCAGAAAAUGCGAUGUCGUGGCACGUGGUUUUGCUGGGUAUAAUUCCCAUAUGUGCUCUGCUGUUCUACCUGUGGUGAUGGGAGAAUUUGAUCCCUCCAUGAUUGUUGGUGUGACCAUCUUUCUUGGGGCUAAUGAUGCCAAUUUUAAAGAUCUGAAUCCAAUUCAACAUGUCUCACUAACUGAAUACACGGAGAAUCUGCGGCACAUGGUCCUCUUUUUGGAGGUAGAUAGUCAGCAUUUCCAUAGAAGCCAAGGAGUUUCUCGCAAAAAGGUGACACUCAUAGGACCCCCAGCUUUUAAUGGAGCAGAAUGGGCUAAAGAACUGGAAUGUCGAGGUCUUGGAAUGCCAUUGUCAAAAGACAAUGAAAUCACUGGAAUCUAUGCUCAAGCUUGUGAAUCUCUGGCAAAUGAAUUGAACUGUGAUUGUGUGAACCUCUGGAAAGCCAUGAUGGAUCGCUCUGAGGAGGAGUGGAAAGCAAUGCUUUGUGAUGGCCUGCACUUGUCACAGAAGGGUUCACAGUUUCUCUUCAAUCUUCUGCAGCCAAUGAUUGAGGAAAGAACAAAUACCCUGCCCUUGAUCUUACCUGAAUGGAGAGACAUGAAGGAAUCAACGCAGGUUCCCAAUCCCGCCCCCGCGUCCCCGAUGAACUGGAUGGGCGGUUCCCGAUCUCGCAUCCGGAAAAACGAAGAGCUCCGAAAGCAGAAGGCAUUCUUCGAGAAGCAGCGUCUGAGGAAGAAAAUGGAGGCGCUGAGGGAUCCCCGGACCCCGUCCUCGGACGGCGUCAGCCAGGACCUUCUUCAUCUCCGAGCCGUCUCCCAGCUCGUGGACGAGUCGGUCACUCCGCGGCAAGGCGGAACAGCACAACAAGGCGUGAAUGUUGUUAAUCUGAUGAGCACAGGAGCACGUUUUGGUCGACGGAGGGGAAAAUCAGGAAAACUCUUCAGCCUGUUGGAUUUGAUCCCAGCUUCACCUGAUGAUCCCACCACACCAGCUCAAAACCAUACAGGUUCAUCCAAGGAACAAAGGCCACCCAUGAGUGAACAUCCUCUCCCUCCAUUUCAGAGAUCUUCCUUUCAGAGCCAAGUUCAGGAAGAAUCGGGAGAAAGUAAUACUGUUGCACAAAGCGAAUCUCUGCAGACACACGUAAAGAAGAACGUAGAGGGAUUCACUCCCAUCAGAGCAAACAUGGACCACUUCAUCCAAGUUUAUCACCAAAAGGCACCUAAUAAUUCAAGGAUGACAGAUCACAUUGGAAUCCACACCUCUGCUACAGCAUUUAUCUCACCCUGGCCCCUUGCAAAAUAUCCAGGUCACAUGCCCAAACUCAAAGACUCUGAUGCAAAAACUCCUAAAGUAAAUCAGUCUCAAGUGACAGAGUCCAUAUUCAAAACUCCAAACAUUCAAGUAAAAUCAGUCAAUCAAGACCAGAAUAGAGAAGCCAAUGGAGUCACCACCACACUAUCAGCUGAUAUCACAAUUGGGUCAAAGAAUGAUCAGAAGAAGAGAGAAUCAAGACCAAGAGACUUAGCAUGGAGGGAGAAAGUCCAAUCUUUGUAUAGUAUCUUCCAGCAGCAAGAGUACAUGGACUACCUAAGGCAAGAGCUGUUAUAUGAUCCAAAUUCUGUCUGCUCUCAAGCACCUUCAACAACAGAAGCACAAGAUGGAGGAAUUUCACACAAACAUACAGAACAGAAUACAGUUGAAGAAAGUAACUUGGCUUCAAUUGAGCGCCCUGAAUCAGAGACUGAUACAAUUGACAGAAAAAGACCAGAUGAUCAACUCAGCCAUCAAUGGGCUCAGAACACAAGCCAGGUACUAUGGGAAGAUGAAUAUCGACCCCCCUGGAUCAAAGUUCCGCUUUAUAAUUGUUAUAAGGGACCUCAAGAAAGGGCCUUGGAGCCGAUUGCUGACUCUCUGCGG